UUAUAGCAUUUGGUAGACAUGAUUCUCCGUCUUCACGCGAAUUGGCCUCCAUUUUUUGCCAGUUCAGCUACAGCCUCCCUUCCCUCCCCACACCAAAAUCACCACCACCACCACCUCCAUCUCCACUUUUACCAAUCUCAUCCACACAAUCGACGCCGCCAUUAACCAUUAUCUUCUUCCUUUUCUACUUGUACAUGUUUAAUUUCCCCAAUUUCUCUUAACUCUCUCUCUCUAGGGUUUUUCUCGAUCAAAUCCCAUCGCUGACAAACGCAGGCAUGAGGCGUUCUAGGCACAACAAUGCAUUACAAGUACACGAUGAUUGGCCAAUCCGAAAGGCCCUCACACUUUCAGACGUUGACAUAACUCACCCCUUUCUCACUCUCCCUCGUCAGCCAGUUGAGACCUACAUCCUUGUCCAUCUAACACAGCUUGAACGCGAUCACCUUCUAAACAGAGAGCAAGUAGCCAUCAAUGCUCAAGAUGAUGACACUGGUGAUCUUUAUGUCAUGAAGUUAAAAUGGCGUGGAAGUUAUUACAAUCUGAUUGGCAAAUGGGGAAGAAUCGUACGUAGCAAAGGACUCGAUGUUGGAAAAGAGAUCAAAAUCCGUUGGUUUAAUGGAUGCCUUCACUUUUCAGUCCCUCAACAACAAGUUCUUGCUAUUCCACCCUUGCAAAUCAUCCCUGCACCUGUACCCCAUCAUGAUCAAUGGCCAAUUAGAAAAGUUUUAACUCUAUCUGAUGUGGACACAAACCACCCUUUUCUACCUUUAGCAAGAAGAUCAGUUGAAGACCAUAUUCUUGUCCAUUGGACGCCUCAACAAAGAGAGCUUUUGAGAAACGAAGAACAAGUCAAUUUGAAUGCACGCGAUGUUGAUACAGGGGAUAUAUAUGUCAUGAAGCUGAGGUGGCGUGGUAAUUAUUAUAAUCUAAUAGGAAAAUGGGGAAAGAUUAUCCGUAGCAAGGGACUAGGGGUAGGGAAAGAGAUCAAGAUAAGAUGGGCUAAUGGCUGCCUUCAUUUUUCUGUCCCUUAUGAACAGACUGUGGUCCCUACAACAAUCCCAGUGAUACAUCAUCAUCAUCAUCAAGAAGAAUGGCCAAUUAAAAAGGCUCUAACUUCAUCUGAUGUGGAUACAAAUCAUCCUUUCCUCACAUUACCUGGGAAAUCAAUUGAAGAUCAUAUUCUUUUGUAUUGGGCAUCACAGGCACGAGAGCAAUUAAGAAAUGAGCUUCAGAUAAAUGUAAAUGCAAGAGAUUAUGACACAGGUGAUCUUUUUUUAAUGAAGUUGAAGUGUCGUGGGAGUUACUAUAAUCUUAUUGGAAAAUGGGGUCAAAUCAUCAGAGGGAAAGGGCUGCAAGUUGGACAGGAGAUUAGGGUUCGUUGGGAUAAUGGGUACUUGGUUUUUUCAGUUCCUCAAUGAUAUAGUAAUACUGAUAUCAGGUUAUUAGGUAGAAAAAUUGACGAAAGUACUCGAGUUACAUUACAUGCUCAAUGCUCAAUGAAUGUUUUUUUUUUUGCUUUGUAAAUCUGGAAAUGUGUCGUUAGUUGUUACCAGUUUACACGGUUGUUUAUAUUGGUAAUGACAUCAGGUUUAAAUUUUUAUUAAUUCUAGUCUUUGGUUUUCUCA